AAGGCACCUUCUUUCUUCUUCUUUGAAAUGAGAGAGAGAGAGAGAGAGAGAGAGAGAGAGAGAGAAGGUCCCCCGGCCGGCCUCCUUCAUUCCCUUUCCUUUCCUUUCCUCCCUUUGGCUUUUGAUUCAAUCAAAAAUCUUUCCUUGUCUCGGCCAAUCGAGUCCCCCUUCCCUUCGUCUUCUUCCCCUUCCUUCGCUCCUUGUUUGCAAUCGCAUUAGCUUUUGUCUUCCUUUCAUGCCGCAAUCGGUGCCUUCUCUCUUCCCUCAUGUAAGGAUCGAGGAGGGGACGGAGAUUCUUCGUCAGAAUUAUUAGCCCUGACGUUCGCUGUUUGGGCUUGAGCUGCAAAUAGAGAUGGAAACGGAUAGUAUUGAAUGCGUGACGUCCCUCGACGGGACGGAGGAAGAUGAGAUCCACCACCACCACCACCACCACCAUCUUCACCACCAUCAUCAUAAUGCCCAGCCCCAGUUCCUUUCUAAGCCUCCCAAUAGCAAUAUCGCCUCCCCAACGGUUCUCCCCAGCACCGCCCGGGUCCACGAAUUGCUUGAAUGCCCAGUUUGCACAAAUUCCAUGUAUCCCCCAAUUUACCAGUGCCACAACGGGCAUACGCUUUGUUCAACUUGUAAAACACGUGUACACAAUCGGUGUCCAACAUGCAGACAGGAGCUCGGCGACAUAAGGUGCCUUGCACUGGAGAAGGUAGCGGAGUCGCUCGAGUUGCCUUGCAAGUACUGCUCUCUUGGAUGCCCCGAGAUCUUCCCUUACUAUAGCAAACUAAAGCAUGAGACACUCUGUAACUUCAGGCCAUACACUUGCCCAUACGCUGGAUCCGAGUGUUCUGUCACUGGAGACAUUCCUUUUCUUGUAGCUCACCUGAGGGAUGAUCACAAAGUGGACAUGCAUUCAGGAUGUACUUUCAACCAUCGAUAUGUGAAAUCAAAUCCCCGUGAAGUAGAAAAUGCAACAUGGAUGUUAACUGUGUUCCACUGCUUUGGGCAAUACUUUUGCCUCCAUUUUGAAGCGUUUCAGCUCGGGAUGGCUCCUGUGUAUAUGGCAUUUCUUCGUUUCAUGGGGGACGAGACGGAGGCUCGGAAUUACAGCUACAGCCUAGAGGUGGGCGGAAAUGGGCGAAAACUCAUAUGGGAGGGGACGCCACGGAGUGUGAGAGAUAGCCAUAGGAAGGUCAGGGACAGCCACGAUGGGCUCAUUAUACAGCGAAACAUGGCCCUCUUCUUCUCUGGAGGUGACAGGAAAGAGCUGAAGCUCCGAGUGACAGGGCGGAUUUGGAAGGAACAGCAGAGCCAAGAAGUCGGGGCCUGCAUACCCAACCUCUGUAGCUAGGCUCGAUUGAUCGACCAAUCUCUCUCUGUCUGUCAAUGUCUCUCUCCCGUCUCAACUAAUUUAUUCUGUGUUGAUUUUCUGGUAAAUUAAAUCUCACAGGUGUACGUGAUGUCAAUAUCCGACUCUUUUGUCGAUGUGUAUGGAUGCUGCAGGUACGAGCCCCUAAGAAUUUAUCAAUCAACUUUUGUUUUCGACG